AUGCCAGCUUCAAUUGGUGUUAAUUUACGUGUUACGGGCCACUGUAGCCAAGGGGGUAGAAAGUACAUGGAAGACUUGUUUUCCGUUGCGUAUCAACAAACGGAAGACGAGAGGGAUUUGGAAUAUGCUUUUUUUGGAAUUUACGAUGGACAUGGUGGAGGUGAAGCAGCAGCUUUCGCAAAGGAGCAUUUGAUGGAUUCUAUUGUGAAGCAACGGCAAUUUUGGUCUGAUAAUGAUGAGGACGUUCUUAAAGCCAUUCGAAAUGGUUAUAUGUUGACCCACUUGAACAUGUGGAAAGAAGUAGAAAAAUGGCCAAAAACAGUAACAGGAUUGCCAAGCACUGCAGGAACAACUGCAAGUGUUGCAUUUAUAAGACGAGGGAAGAUUUACAUCGGCCAUGUCGGAGACUCUGCUAUUGUACUCGGUUACCAAAAAGAUGGAAGUGAAGAAUGGGCUGCAAAGCCACUUACUUUAGACCAUAAGCCAGAGUCCACAGCAGAAAUAGAACGUAUUCAAAAAUGUGGUGGAAAAGUUGUAUCAAAGGCAGGAGUCCCUCGAGUUGUGUGGAACAGGCCCCGUCUUUGUCACAAAGGACCAAUUAAAAAGAAUACUCCAAUGGAUGAAAUACCAUUUUUAGCUGUGGCAAGAUCUCUUGGAGAUUUGUGGAGUUAUAAUCCUCAGAAUGAUGAAUUUAUAGUUAGUCCGGACCCUGACGUAGGCGUUUUAACUAUAGAUCCUUCCAAGUUCAGGUGCCUUAUUUUUGGUACUGACGGCCUGUGGAACAUGAUAUCACCAGAAGGUGCAGUAAAUUUAGUUCAAGCUACAGAGAGACACAAUGAAGCAGCAUUAGUAGGAGGAAAUGCAAGUCAGCCAAGAGAUUGGUUGAACCCUUCGAAAAGCUUAGUGGAUCAUGCUCUAGAGAGAUGGUCCAAUACUAGAAUGAGAGCUGACAACACGUCUGUAGUCACUUUAAUGUUAGAUCCACCUGGGCCUCCUCGUGCCACUGUAUUACGGUCAAGGACGACGGCACAGAAACCUCAGGCUGCUGUACCAUCAACAGUACCAAUGUCCAACGUGGGAGUGUCCACAUUGACCGCUAAAGUUGAUGAACCUAAAUCAGACGCAGCAGUAGAUAAUGACACGAGACAGGUUCCUCAGAACGGUCUCACUAUAAUGACAAGGUACUCCGAUGUCGACAAGCCGGUGUCAUCUGGAGAGGACACAGAGCGUGCACCUCUACCGCCCUGUGCCACCCUUGACGGUCGCUUUUCAGUAGGCCACAGAGAAGAGACAGUACGAGAGGAAAAUAGUAGCGACAAUGGUUCAGAAGUAAUCAGCAACUACGGAAAUCCUGCGGAAUCAUACUUUAUGGCUCGUCUAUUAAACCGAACCCGCGUAAUCAACACACUGUCGGAGGUCUAUGACGAAAUCAUCAACGGUCACAGACCCAAGGCGGCAUCAGAAUCGCGUCAAUCCUCUCCGCCGUCUGGCACUGAGUUACCCGAAGACGGUAGUGGUGAUGCAAGUGGCCGCGCUCCGCCUUCCGCGCCCUCCGCGUCACACGAACGUUCAGGAGCCAAUGGAGCCGGAGAAGCGUCACGCGGGCCUGACGAGGUCGGAAUACAGAUCAACGAGGUCUCGUCCAGCUCACCCACUGACGGCCCGCCGAGAGCACGCGGCCGCCGAUACCGCGGGGAAGUGCGCCGGGAUGUGCCGCCCGCUACCAAUGACCGGGUUCUUCGGUCUCAUCAUGAGAUCGAGACACCACAACGUCCGCGCACGAGGCUCAACACGACUCGUGCUCGUCCGGUCGGUGAUGCAGCGCCGUUAGACCGCAUAGUUAUUCUCAACAGACGUGGACACCCACCUUCAACGCCGGCUACUCGCGUGGCACAGGUCGCUCCUCGUCCACCACCGCGGCGCUCUGUCCUUGUUCCCGAACCUGAAAUUGAGCACACGGACGGAGUCGCGGAGGAGGCUCGUCGCGCGACACGCUCCCAGGCGGCGGCCGCUACGCCGGCGCCGCGGGCCGCUCGUGAAGUCAAAAGCGGUGGAGUCGCGGGAAACUCGCCGCGCGCCCCGGGGCCGGUGCGGCGGGCCCCGGCGGCGCGGGGCCGCUCCAAGGAGAACCUCGGCGUCGCUCGCCGCCGCGCACGCGCCUGCGCCGCGCCCGUCUCGCCCUCGCCGCCCUCGCGCCCGCCGCCGCGCCCGCGCCGCGCCGAUAGUGCGCUCGAGGAACCAGAGGUUCACUCAACAACUGGCGAGGCGGGGCCAGCUGCCGGCCCGGAGCGCGCCCUCAGGUCGCGCAAUGAGCCGGCGGCGCUGUGCUCGCGGGCUUCGUGCAAGAGACGUGCCGGUGAGGAGUUGACGAAUGGCGGCAAGGUCGCUCGCGUGUCACUCGGCAAACGGGCCUCCGGCCCUUGGGUGCCGGCGCCGGCCCUCGCGCUGCGCAACCGCCUCCGACGAAGACUCGUCAAGUAG